AUGAAUGGCUUUUCCGACCAUGGGCUCGACGAGGGAGCCUUUGGAGAGUCCAAGGCGACGUCUGUCGUGAAGGCCUUUGACGCCUUUCCCAAGACCAAGCCCUCGUACACGACCAAGACGCAGAAUGGAGGAGUGUGGACGCUCUUCCUCGCCUUUGCCUCGUUCCUGCUGGCAGUGACCGAGGUGCGCCGCUGGUACGUUGGCGAAACCCACCAUACCUUCAGCGUGGAAAAGGGCAUCAGCCACAACCUGCAACUCAACCUCGACGUCGUUGUCGCCAUGAAGUGCGACGACCUGCACAUCAACGUCCAAGACGCCUCUGGCGACCGCAUCAUGGCCUCGCAAGCCCUCUCCCGCAACCCCACCCUCUGGUCGCACUGGCAAAAUACAAAAGGCGCCCACCAUCUCGGUGGCAGCGCUGCCGAACGAGGCGGUCCGGACUAUCAAGAGGAGGAUGUGCACGAUUACCUCGGCGCCGCCCGCAAGAAGAAGAAGUUUGCAAAGACGCCGCGCUUGGGUAGGGGUGCCGUGCCCGACUCUUGCCGUAUCUACGGCCAGCUCGAGCUCAACAAAGUCCAAGGUGACUUCCACAUCACCGCCCGCGGCCAUGGCUACAUGGAGUUCGGCCAACAUCUCGACCACCAGUCCUUCAACUUCUCGCAUCAGAUCAACGAAUUGAGUUUUGGUCCUUUCUACCCUGGCUUGGAUAACCCGCUCGACAACACGCGCACAACCACCGACCAGCAUUUUGAAAAGUUCCAGUAUUAUCUUUCUGUGGUGCCGACCGUGUAUACGGACAACCCUUCCGCCCUGCAAAAGUACGCAGACGCCGCUGUACCCCUGUCUUCCGGCGACGACUCUGUCCCCCAACCCUACCUUCCUCGCAACACCAUCUUCACCAACCAAUACGCCGUCACCGAGCAAUCCCACAUCGUCUCUGAGCGCCAGGUCCCCGGCAUCUUUGUCAAAUUCGACAUUGAGCCUUUGAUGCUGACCAUUGCCGAAGAAUGGGGUGGCGUGUUGAACUUGUUGGUCAGAUUGGUCAAUGUGGUUAGUGGUGUGUUGGUUGCCGGUGGCUGGGUGUUCCAGAUCCAAGAAUGGGCCAACGAGGUUGCGGGACGCAGAAGACAGAGAAGGCAAGAUGGGUCCGGGGGUGUGUUGACGGGGAGAAAGAGUUUGGAUGGCAAGAAUUGA